UUUUUUUUAUUGCCGACUUUCACCGACCCCGAACUUCGGCCUCGGUCUAUUCAAACCACCGACCUUACAACCCUCCUGUCCUUUUCAUCCAUAUCAAUCUUAUUUUCUGGCAUCGAAAUGGCCGACUUUACACCCCGAAAACGUCGUCGACCGGCCCUUUCCUGCGUCCAAUGCCGUCAGCGCAAAGUUCGCUGUGACCGCGCGUUUCCUUGCGGUCCCUGUACGCGAGCCCGUCAUGCUAUACCGUGCUCGUACAGUCCUCAAGAUGGGAUGGAGCGUGCUCGGAGCUCUUCUCAGAUGGUUGGAGAUGCGUUGUGUCAAUCAGAGGUGGAUGGAGCUGGUGAUGAACCAGUCGAUCAAGCAGCAAGGGAAUCACUGCCCUUGGAACGAAUAGUUCAGGACCUUCAAGAACGAGUCCGGAGACUCGAACAAGUGGUAUCAUUGAAGCGAGAUAUUGAGCGGUCUGUGCAUGAUGGAGGGUUGUCUCAGUCGCUUCAUGAACUGAGUAACCGCGUGUCUAAUGUCGAGCAGCAACUGACCCGGAAUAAUACUGGAUUGGGGCCUCAGGGUACUUGCAUUCCUGCACCUACCUUGCGGCUGAAAACGACCCCUGAAAAAACAAAGGUAGCCGGUCAGAGUCACUGGACAAAUGCCUUCCACCAGCUGCGCAUGCUCGAGAAGAUCGACGACAGACAAGCCGCGGAGAUGAGAGAAGAAAUUAAAAAAUGCAAAGGACUGCGCGCAACAUUGAAACGUAAGCCCGUGAUGUGGGACGAACCUUUCCAGCACUUGGAUCUUGACGUGAGCUGGGAGCUCAAGGAGUAUACCGAGAUGGUUGACGCUUAUUUCCGCACCCUGGGACCUAUCUAUCGAAUUUUGCACACGUCUUUUCGAGAAGAGUAUGAGAGACGACUCGUUUUACAGACUGAGCCAGCGCCGCAUAGCUUUAUACUCAAGGCAUUGCUGGUGAUUGGGAUUGGCGCUGUGUUUCAUCCGGAAAAAGCGUUGCGCAACGAUAUCCAUCUGCGCGUGCACCGCUGGGUCUAUGCUGCACAGUGGUGGCUCACGGGACCGACCGCAAAAUAUGCGUAUAACCUAGAUGGCUUACAAGUAUAUUGCUUGAUGAUGCUCUGUCGCCAGGUUCAUUCUUUGAACAAAGAGUUUAUCUUCGUUUCGACCGGGUCGCUGGUGCGAUUCGCUUGUAGCUUGGGCCUGCAUCGCGAUCCGAGUCAUUUUCCCUCAUUGUCUGCGUAUGAAUGCGAGAUAAGAAGGCGGCUAUGGGGAGUGGUCAUGGAAAUGGCUGUACAGUCCUCGUUUGAUGUUUCCAUGCCUCCGUUGAUUUCGGAAGAUGACUUCGACACGAAACCGCCGUUGAACAUCAACGACUGCGAUAUCGAUGAGUAUGCUCAAAACGCACCAACCCCUCAGCCGAGUUGCCCCAAUACAGACUCGUUCAUUCAGCUGCUUUUGCUAAAAACACUUCCGACCCGUCUACAAGUCGCUCGGUUCAGUAACCAAAUUGGACAACCACAAUCCUAUGAACAAGCUUUGAUACUAGGAACCGAGCUUACAGCAUUUUGCACAGAACUUGCACAACAUUUCCAAUCACACAAUCUCUCCGAAUCUGCCGAGUUCCACCACAAAGUCCUAGGUACAUUCCUCCACAGAACAGUUCUCCUUCUCUACCGCCCCUUCAUACUCCAAUCUCCCCAAGGUACACGCUUUUACCUCGCUCGAAAACUCAGUCUUGAAUCCGCCAUGGUCAUUGCAUCCUACGCAGACACCACAGAAAUCGCCUCAAAACCACUCGAUUACUACGCCAAGCUAUCUAUAUCAGGCGUCGGCGCAUUCAAGGGUGCAUUUUCAAUAGACACAAUAAUCGUCAUAUGUCUCGAGCUCAUCGCGCAACUAGAAGAGGAAGCCAAAGCACAGCCUCUCUUAUCGGAUGGUAAGCCAUCUGUACCAGACAACGUCCUUCGUAGAAUGGCACAAGCGUCUCGGAGACCAAUUAUCGACACACUGGAACAUAUCCAGGAACAAUUGAUCCAAGUAACUGGGCUGGGUGUUCCUAGUAUGAAACGGUGCGCUAUUCUGUCUACGGUGAUGGGCCAGAUCAAGCCUAUGGAGCGGACGGGUCGGUAUACGAAAGAUGAUGUGUAUGGGGCUCUUGUGGAGUGUAUAAAGAGGUGUACUGGCAUUCUUGAGAGAUACAUUGAGCAGAUUGGAAGUGGUAUUAGCGGGUCUGUUGACGAGUGGACGCCGAUGACAUCGGACCUUGAUGUUGAGUCUUUGCUGCAAGAAUUCGGAUUCCCUUGGGAUGAUAUUCCGUUAGACUUUUCCGGUGUUCAAUCAUGGACCGAGUCCCAGCCCUAACCCCGUGCGUCAAUCCUCACUGAUACCGGACCGUUUUCUCUUCCUCGGGAAUUU